UUCCCCAAGAAGUCUUCAGAAGUCAUCAUGGACCAAAUGAUAAACGAUGUUGUUGAUUCUUACGAUUUAAAGAAAUAUGAGAUGAUGUACAAUGACCAAUUAAGGAGAGGCCAGGUGAGUGAAAAGGCCCAAUUUGAGUAUGCCUGGUGUCUGGUUCGUAGUAAAUACCUAGACGACAUGAAAAAAGGAGUUGCACUCAUGGAUGAUUUAUUUAAGAAUGCCACAGAUGAUACAGCUAGAAGAGACUAUUUAUUUUACAUGUCUAUUGGCUAUACACGCAUCAAGGAAUAUCCUCAAGCGUUGACGUACGUGAAGGCACUCCUGCGGAUAGAACCAGGUAACCACCAAGCACUUCAGCUCCAGGAAUAUAUCAACAGUAAAAUGAAAAAAGAGGGACUGAUGGGUAUAGCUAUUGUAGGAGGAGCAGCUCUAGCACUAGGCAGUCUGGUCGGAUUAGGCGUGGCCCUCGCCAAGAAAUGAAGACUCUUAUGAACAUCAUAAUUUAGUAUGCUAUAUUUAUAUAAUCAUAUAUGGACAUAAUGGAGGACAGUGAUACCAAAUAUGGAUAACAUAGCCAUAUAAGGACAUGUUUAUUAAACGUUAUAAUUAUAUGGUGAAUAUUCACAAAUUAAUGUGAUGAGAUUUUUUAUAUCAUGUGAUAAGGAGAUAAUGAGCAUGUUCAGAUAAGGAGAAAUGGUCACUAUAAGUGUGUGAUGACAUGGUUAGUUAAUGGUGAUGACCUGAUGGAGAAAGUGGAUGCUUUAAUUAGCAAACAUAAAUAUAUCAAGACCAUGUUACCACGACACCCAAAUCAGAUUGUUGUAUCUGAUAUUAAUAUGGUAUUACCCAAAUAAGGACAUCAUGCUGUUAUCAAUAAUUGAAUGAGUUAAUUCACCUCUGAUAGGUUUACUUGCAGUAUGUCAUGAUCAUAACUAGAUGAGGGAGGUUUACAAUAGAAAAACUUUGAUGUGUAAGGCUUUGCAAAUAUAAAAGAAAAAAUUGCUUCUGAAUAUGUUCAGGAAUAUCUAUUUAGGAAAAUUAUACCAUGUCAGCUGUUGUUAAGCAGGGUUUCACUUCUUAACUUCAGUGUUUUUCUUUUCUUUUUUUGAAUUUUGGGUCUAGAGUUACCUCCCUUGUUGAGAUGUGUCACUUAUUGCGAUGCUACUGCUUUACAUUCUCAAUACCUGGGUUGCAACACUAGUUGAAUGACUUCCCUCGCCAUGGCUUGUCGCUUACUCUGCUACUUGUGUUGUAAAUUCUCAGUUCCUCAAUCACACUUCUUGUUAAGUGUAGAUUCAGUAGUGCUUAGAACCUAGCAGUUUGUUUCACUCAUUACUUCUAGAAUUGAAAUUAUGAGGAUACAUGUACUGUUGAAUCUGUUUAUCUGUCAGCCUGUAGAAGUUAUCUUGUCUGGACAGCUACACACUGAUGCUCUGUUGACACACAUAUUUUACUUGCAAUCUUAUUAAAGUGCUUCUUCUGCAAAGUAUGACAUUAAAAUAUAACAAACUUGCCAUAAAGUGAAGGGUUUAACUGAGAUUGUAUUAAACUAAGGUGAUGAUUGUUACACUUUAAAAGUAUACAACUGCAUAUUUUAUGAUCUAAAUCUUUCUAUUUUGGUUGAUCGUUAAAUUAAUUUCAGUUAUAACGCUACUAGAUAUUUUGUAUAAGCCUUUCUCGAAAAUCAUCACAUGAUAAAGCAAUAUAUUGCAGUGUUAGACUUUAUUUCAGCACUUUUCACAGAUAUUUGUUAGUAAAGAAAAAGGGAGAUAAUAAAAGACACAUUGAAAUGUGUAGAUUGUAGAUUUAAUUAUCUUCAGCAACAUACAGUUAACACAAUAAUUGUGUUAAUAUGAGAGUUUUGUUUUAUCUAAUUAAAUCAGCUGUAAUUCCUUGAGAAUUACUGCUUGGUGAAUGUUUGUGGAAUACUUUUUAUUGUUUUGUUUUUUUAUUUUUGAAGUGUUCUCUUAGUUACACCUGCAAUCAUAUUCUUGUUUGUAUGCUUUUAUCUUGAUGGUUAGGUGAGUUCAUAUAAUUAGGGUAACUUUAAAUAGGACCAAUAUUGCUACUAAAGGUAUGUGAUUUUAACAUUAAGUGUUCUCUGUGAUUCUUUGAUGAUACCUCAUUCUCUCUAUCAGUCUCGCUCCGAUCCUCCAGUCCUGUACUUCAUCCGAAAUCAUCCAAUCUGGGAGAUUUUCAUGUUGCUUUGUUAGGUCAAAUUACUCGUAUAUUUUCGUGAUAAGUAAAUGAAGUCUUUAACCAACAAGAUCCAAAUUUCCUACAGGACAUUCAUUGUUGAGCUGUCCUAUACAAAAGGUACUGUAAUUGGUCUCUUGUGUCAAAUUGUACAGAGUUGUAGAACCUUUGUUUAUGGUAUUUUAUUGUAAUUUGGUCAUUCCUAUAUAUGUAUCUCAUAUACAAUGUGAUAACAGUGGUACCUAAAUGUAGUGCCUGUUUAUACAGGUGUCAGAUUUAUUCAAGGUUCUGUCAUAUAUCUCUUUAGAAAUGAAGAAGUUUACUUAAAAUUUGAAUAUGCAAAAUAGAAGCAGUACAUUUGAUUAGUUUCUCUUUUUAAAAGUGAGGAAAGAUGGCAGUAUUUAGGUGCCAGUGUGUCUGCCUUAUAUUCUGUAAAGUUCUGGAGUGUUAGAAAAGAAUCAGUCAAAAUUAUGUCUGUCAUUUCUGUGUUUGGCACCUGAUUUUUAGCUCCUUUAACAGUACCAGGAACCAACUGUCUUUGAUAAUAUAGCUACUGACUUAAAUGAUUGCUACACCACAAGUUUGUGGCUGUUAACUUUUCUCAAAGACUUUAUCAGAAAUAUAAUCAUGGCCUGUAAUUCCAUUCUUAAUUGUCAGCAAUUGUCUCAUAAAAUAGUAUAAAUCAUGAAAUUCAUGAGUAAAAAGCACACAAGAGAUUGUUGGUUUAAAGUGUAUCUUCUGUUAGGGUUUGAAGUGCGUUAAAUGUUGAUAAUUUAUAGUGUUAUUCUUUGGAUUGCUUCUGAUAUGUUUUGUCCAAUGCAGUUUAGGGUUGGUUGCCAUGCAGGUAUUCAUGUUUCCAACCAUCAGGUAUUGUCCCCUUUCUCUCUCUGAAACUCACCAAUCAAAUGUUUCUCCACUCCUCUUCUGAUGAUGUUCUGUUUCACGUAGUUUGACAAUACUACACACCACAUUGAGAUUGGGCAUAUCAGUUACAAGAUGAGUCCUAUGGAUAUUGUCCUCAGUCCUGGGUUCUCCGAAUCUUCACUAUGGUGUACAAGUUAGAAUUGUGCUUUCUCAUGUAAGGUAUAAUAUUUGAUGAUGGGAUUGCCUGUACUUGUAAGAUAGCAUCUAAGCUUACAUUUGUUUAGAGAGAACUUUUGUAAUGACCUUCAUUACCCGUGUAAUAUGUGCAAUGUGUUGAUAAUACAAUGACUAUGGACAUGAUUAUGAACACCAAAAUUAUGUGUUAGCUUCAAUAACCAUUUAAUUUUGUUUCUGUGAAGUCUGUUGGAUUUCUAGAGAGGAAAGAGUAUAGAUCAGUUGUUUGUCUUUAUGUUAAGAAGUUUUUUGUUAUCAAUAAAAUA